GGAGCCGCCGCCGCCGCCGCCAUGCUGCCCGCGGACUGCUCGCGCCGGCUGGUGGCCGAGCUGCGGGACGCCCUGGACGCCUGCGCCGAGCGACAGCGGCAGCUGGAGCGGAGCCUGCGAGCCUCCCGCCGGCUGCUCCGGACCUGGGAACCAGCCGAGACCCCGGCUCCGCAGCCAACCCCAGGGCCAGACACCGGUGAAGAGGCCCCGUCUGCGGGAUGCACAUCCAGCCCUCAAGACCUCAAGGAGCUGGAGCUUCUGACGCAGGCACUGGAGAAGGCUGUACGGGUGAGAAAAGGCAUCUCUAAGGCUGGAGAAAGACCCAAGGCCCUCGGCCUGAAGCCUGGGUCCACUGUGGCUUCUGCCCCGUCCCGGGCCGCAGGCCAGGCUGGCUGUCGAGUCUCAGAGACAAAACCCCCCAAGGCCAUCCAGCAGAAUGUGGCGCCUGCCAGGGGCCUCCCUGAGUGCAGGCCUCUGUCAGUGGGGGAUCCCACCCGUAUGGGGAGAGGAGCCCGAGCUACCAAGCCUGAACCAGGCCUCAGGGACCAACAGAUACCCCCAUCGGCUGCUCUUCAGGUCCCAGAAGCUUUCACGCUGAAGGAAAAAGGCAUCCUGCUGCAGCUACCCAUGGCCUACAGGAAAGCGGCUUCCCGGAACUCCCGCCUGUGGGCCCAGCUCAGCUCUACACAGACCGGGGACUCCGUGGAUGCCGCUACGAACGCCAAAACCCAGUUCCUCCAGAAAAUGCAGAUGACUUCAGGCGGGCCCGGCUCUGGGCUCAGCGCUGCGGAGGUGGACGCCGAGGUGAGGCUCCUGCGCAAGGCCUGCUCGCUGCUGAGACAGCGGAUGGAGGAAGCACUCUCGGCAGAGCCUGCUGACCACAUGCAGGAGUACCGCUGCCUGCUGACCCUGGAGGGGCUGCAGGCCAUCACAGAGCAGUGUCUCCACAGGCUGCAGGAGCUCCGUGCAGCGGUGGUGGGACAGCAGCUGGGGCCGUGGCCUGAGGGGAGACGUCCCGGAGCCUCACUGCCCUGUGGAGGAGGAACAGACCCCCUCUGGAGCCGCCAGCUUCUUCUCUACUCCAGCACCCAGGAGCUGCAGACCCUGGAGGCCCUCAGGCUGCGGGUGGCCAUGCUAGACCAGCAGAUUCACCUGGAAAAGGUCCUGAUGGCGGAGCUCCUCCCCCUGUUGAGCACACAGGAGCCUCAGGGCCCACGCUGGCUGGCGCUCUGCCGAGCUGCACAUAGCCUGCUCUGCGAGGGAGGGGAGCGCUUCCUCACCAUCCUUCAAGAUGAACCUGCUGACUGAACCUUUCCCGAGGCUGGCCGCCCUCCCCCAGCCCCAUUCCCAGGCCUCCGGAGCCUGGCAUGAGGGUGACCUCGUUCGGACACUGAGAUUAUUGGGAGAGUGCCCCCCGCCUCCCACUAGUUAACAGGGACUGAUGGGAGUUUUAAUGCAGAGAUGGCUGUCCCCACGCUAGGAACCCUGAGGACAGCCCCCCGGUCCUUCCUGAGGACCCCAGGGCUCUUCUCACAGCAGCUAAAGCGAGUGGUCAGGCCUCGGCUGGCCUUGGCCUUCUGCAGGCUCAGAGACCAGGGGUGCCUGCCGGGGCUUUUCUUAGCUACCUCUGCUGCUUCUCACUGUAGGCUUACAAGCCGCUCGUGUGACAUGAACGCUCCUUUAGAAAAUGUGUAUGUUGAACUCACACUAA